AAAAACUAUAUUUUCCAGUAGAACUAUUAUAUAUCCAUCCAUAUCCAUAAAAAGACGUAUCAUGACAAAAAAAAAGAUGUAUCAUGACACCAAAAUCCAUUGAUCAUACAAAAUAUUUUUUAAGUUUAAGACUUGUAUAUUUAUAAUAAUAAUAACAAAAAUAGUUCAAAAAUAGUCAUAUUUUUUUUGUCGGUUAAAGUAAAUUUUUAUAAUAACCUUUAUUUGAAAAGCUAGUUAGAAUAUCUCCAACAUCAUUUUUUACUGCAUAUGAGGUGGAAAAUAGAGUAGGAAAUGAAAUAAUGAAAAAAAAAAAUAUUAUUCUAUUUAUAGAGUAAUCAUUUUUUUUUUGUUCACUAUUCUAUUUUUUACUUUAUAUUGCAGUAAAGUAUUGAUUGAGGUUGGAAAUGAUCUAUUGGAUUUCAUAAUCCAUUUUUUCUCUAACGCUUUUAUUGAGUGCUCAAUUUUAAAUAUAUAUACAUAUGUCAAGACAUAUUUGACAUUAACUGUUAAUUUCAAGACGAUACCAUUUUUUUUUUAAAGAAGAAAAAAACAGUUUUGAUAAGCGACCUAAUAAUGUUAAUUUGUGGUUCUUUGCUUUGUGCGGUUAGGUUCUAUUGACAAAACAGCAAAGCGUGUACAUAGUAAAGCAGAGGAGGGCUAAACAAACAAGAUCUGAUCUCUGAUCCUAAAACAUUAUUAGUUUAGAUCUGAAACUUCUUGGUUAAACAAGAUAUAGAAGUCUAGAGAGUCAAGACUUGAGAGUAAAUUAGAUUAGGGUUCGACAUUAUAGAACGUGCAUGUACUCUUUAGAUAUGGUGUCUCUAACAUAGUUUGACAUUUUAUUUAACAUGUUUGCAUGACUUGGAAAAGUCGAUGUGAAAAAAGAGGAGAAUCUCUUUUUAGAAAAAAUAAAUGCGUUUGAUUGAAAACGAUGGUUGCUCCAGUUCUUGGUAGUUAAUUAGUAGGAAGAAGCAUUCAAGUAUGGGUUCCAUUUUCACAUUUCACUUGCUUCUAAGUAAUUUUUUCCACCAAAAGUAAUUACACUUUGCAUGUGCUUUGUUUGAAAGACUACUUCGAUAUCCUCUCCGCAUAAUAACGCACAUAUACUAUAGUUGUAUAUAUGAGAGCUCUUCAAAAUGGUUAAAAUUGAUUGGGAUGAACAUGACUUGGAUGUGUUACAAAAAAAAGAACAUUUUACGAAGCCCGAAUCGAUCAUGUAGUUCUAACGAUAAUUAUGUGGUAAGUUGCAAUUUGCAAAAUACAAAGAAAAAGAUGUAAAACCACUUGUGCGUUAAUAAUUUGGAACACUAUAAGGGAGAAGACAUAAAAUGGAAUGCCAAAUAGGAGUACCACUGCCAUGUAUGUUUCUGCAUUAAUACUGUGCCCAUACUCACAUUUAAUUAGGAGUAUGCUGAUUUUGCGCAUGAGUUAUCAAACGUGACAGAACGUUAUAGAGACAUGUUAGAAAAGCACGAAGCCUGAAAAACUGCAAAAGUUUACAACAAAAAAAACUGAUAACUACAAUUCUUGGCAUUUAUUGUCCUUUAUUUUUGUAAAUAGGUCUUAAAUACGUAAUAAUUUUCUUUUCUUUUUGACGAAGAUAUGUUCGCUUAAUUGUUGUGCUAAUGCCGUCGUUCAUGAUCGUCUUUCAUGCAUAUGGAGUAACUGAACAUGACACUGAUUCAAAAAAAAAAAAUUAAUUUCUUACGAAGUUUUGAAUAAUAGUUUUUUUACCACAUUAAGUACACUUUAAUAAAAAAGGAACACAGUCUACAAAUAGUUUGAGAUGACAUUGUCUAUUAUCAUCUAACUUUUAUUCUGCAUAAUUGAUUUAUCAAAAAUAAUUAUAAUUUAUAGUAUAAAUGUAGCCUCUAAAUUUAGAUUUGGCGAUGAUAAACCCAUGUCCUAAACUUACAACGGACCAGUAAGCGGUCACAAAUCUAUUGGAAAUUUUCGUCCCUAGUGAAUCAUAGCAGAAUGUUUGGGUUUUCUCUUUAUUUAUUAUUGUAUUCAAUGAUAACUGGUCGGUUUACUGUUACCAUAAAUGUGUCCACAGGCUCACUUAAUGAGGGGUGAUGCUUAUGAAUCUUCAAAUCAAAGACAUAAUGAAGAACCUUUUUCAUAGUGAAACGAUAUAAAGAUCGAGGAACAUGCAUGAUUUCCACAUAAUUACCUAAUUAUUUUUCAGCUAAAGUAUUAUUUUUUAAUAAGUAACAUGCUUCCUUUAUUUUUAGUGCACCGUAGCUUGUAUAUAAAAUUUUAUCCAUACUAAUUCCUUUUGCUCCUUUUAUCAAACGUCGCUAUUUAUAUCAGUCGUCUACCUAUUUGCUUUCAUAUUGUAUCUCCCGCAGCCAAACAAAAACUUUUUUUUUGACAAAGAUAGAACAUGAAGAUCAAGAGUUUGAUAUUGGCUUCCUCUUUUCUGAUUCUUGCCUUCAUUCAUCACUCAGAAUCAGCUUCAUUUCGGAGUUUGCUGAUGAAGAAUGGAUUGUACGAAGAAGAAGAAGCAAAAAUUCUAUUGGGCGACUCCAAAGAAACGAUAACUAAUUCUACAGCUUUGGAGUCUAAACGGAUAAUUCCGACGGGUCCAAAUCCACUUCACAACAGGUAACUUUGAUCAUUUAAGAACAAGAUAUGUUGUGAGUAUGUCUCUUCCUCUGUUUUUGUUACAAGUAUCUAUCUUACUGUGUAAUGUAAUGGUGAAUGUAUAAGACAUUUUCUAAUUAAAUUACCUUAUUUAUUCCCUAAUAAUUGCCUUUCACACAUCUUUCUUUGUUGUUUCAAAUUAAUUAAAGAAAUCAUAUGAUACCUUACCGCAACCUAAAAAUAAUAUACGGUUGCUAAGUAAACGAAGGAAUUUGUAAAUUCAGGUUUGGAGACGAAGAUGAGGAAAUUGACUCUUACUUGUUCAUAUUUAUAAGUGCCUUUUUUUACUUCUCAUUGUUGUGUUUUCAGUGUAGAUUUUGUAACCUUAAUUAAUUUAACGAUAUACCUUUUUAAAGUAAUUAAGGUUAGUUCGAUAUCUAAAACGAUUCUAUAUUAUAACAAGAAAAAAUCAUGUGAUAUGAAAUGGAGGAAAUAUAUUGCAUGGUUGGUAUUUGGAUCAUAGUACGAGAUCAUGUUGAACCAUAUAUAUUAGUACAUUACUAGUACUUGAAUGCAUAUACAUGGUUGUGAACUCAAAUAGGAUAAUAUAAUAUAUAGGAGGAAAGUAAUAUUUUAAUCGUCUGAAUUUGUAUUCUGUAUAGACUGUUGGAUAUUUUUGGGCAGAACUUUCUGCAUAUAUAAUUAAAUACACAUGUCAGAAGAAAUUCACUUAAUAGUUAAUACUAGUGUCUCCCAACUCCCACCUUGUCCACCCCUCUCUCUUACAGAUAUUGGAUUAAGAAAAUUUUGAGUGUUUUGUCUCUAACAACGUUCUCUAGAUAUUUUUCACCUUCUAGUUAUCUCAUUGUCCAAGAAACCCUAAUGUGUUUUGUCUAACACGUAUUUGUUUUUAAUCCUUUAUAUGAAUGGGCAAAAUAACCGGAACCGAAGAACCGAACCGAAACCGAACCGAAAUAUCUGAAACCGAAACCGGACCAAUACCCUUAAAUACCCGAACGGUUCCUAUAUUUUUAUAUCUGAAAUAACUGAACUGAACCGGAACCGAACCGAGAACCGAACGGAUACCCGAAUAUAUAAAAAUAUUAAUUAUAUAUAUAUAGCAUAACUAAAUAUAUAUUUUUAAUUAAAAUUCUAUUAAAAGUAUCCGAAAAUAGUUUAGGAUAACUAAAUUAUUAUAAUCUAUCCGAACUACCCGAAAGUAUCCAAAACUAUCCGAAUAGUUUUAUCUGAAAUAUCCAAAGUAAUCCGAAAUAUCCAAUUUUUUUUAUCUAAAUCAUCCUAAUUAUUUGAUAUUUUAUCCUAAAUAAACGAUAUUUUAUCUAAAUUAUCCGAACUACC